AUGCGAAGCCUUGCGUACUUUGGACUCUUCCUCUUCUUCAACACGGCGAUAUGCCAGGACAGCAACAACGUUGCUAUCUUGCAAGGAAGGCCGUUGACAGACGGUGAAGAGGCAUUCCGGCGCGAAAUGUGCCAGCAACUUUCGGAUACCGGUGGAAUAGGUCAACAAGGGACCCGUAUCUUCUCCGAGUUUCUAAUAAACUCCAUUCUGGAAGAUUACCUCGAUGCCAACCCGCCAAUCGACGACUGGACCGGGCGCCUGUACCGCGACGAGUUGAUCUUCCAAGCCGCCGACAAUUUCAGAUGUCUUGAAGAGAACGACAACUGUGCUGUGGCCAGAACAUGCGAGGAAUACUUUCUUUCCAACGGACCUUGGAUUUCCAUGUCGAUCCAUAAUGCGUGGAGGAUCAUGCGGGCCCAAAUCAAGGGCUAUGACCGAGCGAUUGAAAAGUUUGACGCAAAUAACCAGGAACUCGCAAAGUUGCUGUUUUCCUCAUCGGGUCUGGGACGUAACCGACUCGAGUUCGACUUCGGGGUGUUUCUCGACGGAGUACUCCUGGGGGCAUCCCUAGUUUUCCCAGCCUUUGGUUCGGCAUCGGUCGGUGCAACCUUCACAAACCUCUUCAAAUCUCAGCUGGAGGGUCUUGCCCUAGACGCAGUUCUUGGGAUUGCAGAUUUUUUCGGACCAAACCCAACGGAGGACGGCAGUCCAUUUGUCAACAACCUGAGAAUAAUGUUUAGACCGCUUCAAACUGCACUGCGUGCAACCAUGCGUGGCUACAUGGAUACCGGGAUCACCAACCUUCAGCUUCAGAACACCAAUCGCGACAUUGUCGAUUUCUUGCAAAGUGGUGAAUUGUUAAAUGACCUCGGCAUGACCGACGAACAGAUGGUCGAUUUCGUCGCCGAUGAGAUCAUCAGACAAGUGUCCGCGCCGAUUGUCGCGAAGAUCUGGUUCGACCAGGGUGUCAAAACCACCAGGCACAACGCUGAAUUCUGUGCAAACCCGCUCUGCUUCCUCGGCAACAAUUGUGGAGCGUUCAAGGAUAGCGGGUUCCCGUUUGUGGCAGACCAGUUUCCCGUAAGGCCCAUCUGCUCUGGAUGGCGUUUCGACCUGCCAGCUGACCUCCCGGUCGUUUUGGGUCGUCUCAACCUACCUGUCAAAGCCAUCACUAUGAACGCAGAAUUGUGCAACCGCAUCGGCAAAUCCGGCAUAUUUCCACCUGAGAAGGAAGAUUUCAUGGACUUCGGAUUUCCUCGUUGCACAUGGGCUCUGGAGUCGUUGGCACCCUAA